AUGUCUGAUGAUGACGCAGUUACUGCCGUCAUACCACAGCAGGUCCAGCGGCCGGUUCAACCAAACACUGCUCCCAUGGCAAAUCCACGCAAUGCCAAGCAAAAUGCAGAUGACGCUGGCUGGAGUCCAAGUCUCUCAAAUCAGGACAAGGAUUUGGACAAUGAAGAUUCCAACAAAUCAGUAUACAAGGCACACACACACAGCGCAUACAGAACGACAACGACAGCGAUUCAAUGCGAGGAGAAAACUCGGGACGUCAACACGUUCUUCGGCAAGUCCUAUGCGCAUAAGGUGAAGGAUGGAAGAAGGGGUCACCCUCGCAAAUAG